CUUCCACACACCCUCGUUCUCUCUCGCACACACAGACAGGGAACGACGACGACGAGACGAUGAAGCUCUCGUUUACACUCUUUGCGACGCUCGCCUCGCUCGGCAGCGUCUGGGCAUCCAACGUUCUCGACCUCACCCCGGACAACUUCGAUGAGGUCGUUGGACAGGGCAAGCCUGCGCUCGUCGAGUUCUUUGCACCAUGGUGCGGACACUGCAAGAACCUUGCGCCCAAGUACGAGGAGCUCGCGGACGCUUUCGCGUAUGCGAAGGACAAGGUCGUGGUUGCCAAAGUGGAUGCUGACGGUGUCGGCAAGCCCCUCGGUCAAAAGUAUGGAGUGACCGGCUUCCCAACAUUGAAGUGGUUCCCUGCGGACGGUGGUGAGCCCGAGACAUACAGCGGCGGUCGGGAGGUCCUGGACCUGGCUGCAUUUAUCACUGAGAAGUCCGGUGUCAAAUCAAAGAUUAAGCCCCCACCGCCCCCUGCAUUCCAGGUCUUGGAUACUCACACUUUUGAUGAGGUUGCUCUGGAUUCGACAAAGGAUGUCUUGGUCUCCUUCACUGCUCCCUGGUGUGGACACUGCAAGCGUAUGAAACCAGCCUACGAGCAGGUCGCUCUCUCCUUCAAGAACGAGCCCAACUGCGUCGUCGCCAACGUUGACGCUGACGCCGCCGCAAACAAGCCGCUCGCGCAGAGCUACGGUGUCAGCAGCUUCCCGACGAUCAAGUUCUUCCCCAAGGGCAACAAGGACGAGCCCAUCACCUACGACGGCGAACGCAACGAAGAGGCGUUCGUCAAGUUCCUCAACGAGCGCUGCGGUACCCACCGCGCGGUUGGUGGCCUCCUCGACGAGGCUGCUGGCAGGCACAGCGAGUUUGACAGCCUCGCCUCGCGCUUCGCGACCGCGGUGGGCGGCGCGCGGAACAAGCUCGUUGAGGACGCGUCUCUUCUUGCGAGAGCGUUUGGUCCGCAGUACAAGUACUACGUCCGCGUGAUGGAGAAAGUCUUGAACGGUACCGAGGAUUACAUCGAGAAGGAAAGCGGCCGCCUGCAGUCUAUCCUCAAGAAGCGCAACCUCUCGCCGCAAAAGCUCGAUGAGGUCAAGAUCAAGGCUAACAUCCUCUCGACCUUCAAGGCUAUUGAGGAGGAAGCUGAGGAGAUCAUUGAGAAGCUGCAAGAGAAGGCUGAGGAAGCUGUUGGCCGGGACACCGCUGAGCUGUAGUUUUCCCUUGGAACGUUGGAUGUUCCUUCUCCUGUCGGCUUCCUAGCACAAAUAAUUGUUUCUAUUCACUCAAGAGCAUGACUGUAUGUACCUUUUCCCGCAUAUAAUCAUUUUCAAAAUCC